GAGGCCUCGACUAUUUGUACAAUGAUGUUAGGAUCGCCAGGUCUUUCUUUUGUAUCCAUCCCGGAGCGUUGACAGACUGGUCGGCGAAUGUGUCCUGUGGCAAUGCCCGCGCGACGAGGCGUCGGACUUCCCCUUCAGCCGAUCCCUGUCGCUGCUCCAGACGCGCCUGCGAUGAUGGGACAGCUCUACGCGCCGCUCCUCGCAAAGGGCACCAAGGGGACGAUCGUCAACAUUCGCUCGGGUACUGCGAACAUCGGGAAGGACGACGGGACUGCGAUGGCGAAGUACAGCGUGAGUAAGACGGUCAACAUGCUGACGUACAAGCAGGGCAAGGCGCGCCCGGACUUCACCGUCAUUUAGCUGAACCCCGGAUGGGUGAAGACGGACAUGGGCGGCUCCAGCGCGGCGUUGCAGCCCAUGGAGAACGCCGCCGGACAGCUGAAGGUGGAAGUUGGGGCUUAAGAAGGUUCUUGGUGUAUGACGGGCAAGAGCUGCCUUGGUAAAUGCGUACUAGUGAGCGCUAGGUGAGACAUGUGUGUAUUGUGUCGAUGAUGAGUGCGGAAUGCGCAUACAGCGCGGUGC